AUGGCACCGACUGCGUGUACUCCCCCUGCCGAAGUAUGCACGAUCAAAAACGGCAUUAGUCGUGACCACUCCAGCCUCGUCAAUCAUGGCGGGGACGAUUUGUUGCAAUCUCGGUUGACUGCCAAGGACCGGGUCCUGGAAAUUCUGAAGAAGCGCGCCGCGGAUGUGGAUGUGGACCACUGUGGUCCCGGUGAGGAGGAUGCGUUUUACGUUGCGGAUAUGGGCGAAGUCUACCGCCAGCACAUGCGCUGGAAGAUGAACUUGGGUCGCGUCAAGCCAUUCUACGCUGUCAAGUGUAACCCCGACCCCGAGGUCCUUCGCCUCAUGGCCCAGCUAGGCAAUGGGUUCGACUGUGCUUCCAAGGCGGAGAUUGAUCUGGCUCUUCAGACGGGCAUCGAUCCCAGCCGCAUCAUUUAUGCGCAGCCCUGCAAGACCAAGUCUUACCUGCGCUAUGCUAAGGAGGUCGGUGUCAAGCAAAUGACUUUUGACAAUGCCGACGAGCUGUACAAGAUCAAGGCGACUUUCCCCGAAGCCGAGCUGUACCUUCGUAUCCUGACGGAUGACUCGACUAGCUUGUGCCGCCUAAGCAUGAAGUUCGGCGCAUCCAUGGAUGUCGCCCAGCAGCUCCUGGAGCUUGCUCACCAGCUCGAGCUGAAGGUCGUCGGUGUCAGCUUCCACGUUGGAUCCGGCGCUGAGGAUCCCCGUGCUUUCCUCAAGGCCGUCGAAGACGCUCGUUUGGUCUUCGAUCAAGCCUCUGCCAUCGGCCACGAGAUGCACACCCUCGACGUCGGCGGCGGCUUUUCUGGUGACACCUUCGAGAAAUUCUCGGGUAUCCUGAGCGAUGCCCUGGAAAUGUACUUCCCGCCUAACAUCCGUAUCAUCGCCGAGCCGGGCCGCUACUACGUUGCCAGCGCCUUCACCCUGGCAGCGAACGUCAUCGCUCGCCGCGACGUUCCCGACCCCGCGGACCCCUCGCGCGACGCAUACAUGCUCUACCUGAAUGACGGCGUGUACGGCAACUUCUCGAACAUCAUCUUCGACCACCAGCACCCCGUAGCCCAAGUCCUGCUGUCCGCCGACCAAGCUUCGAAUUCUGCGACUUCGGAGUCCAUCUCGUACUCCAUCUGGGGACCGACUUGCGACGGCAUCGAUGUGAUCACCGAGCGCAUCGACCUUCCAGGUCUGCUCAACACCGGUGACUGGCUCUACUUCGAGGACAUGGGCGCCUACACCAAGUGCAGCGCCACUCGCUUCAAUGGUUUCUCCGACAACCACGAGGUGAUCUACAUCUCGAGCGAGACUGGUGCUUCCGCACUCCUAGACUACUGA